AUGGGCCAGCUUCGAGCCACAAAGCCCGGGCUUCUCGUGUGUGUGGCUGUCUGCAUCUCCAUCUUCCUGUAUUUAAGGAGCUCUGCUCCGGAGGCUGCUGAGGCAGAGCUCACCCACCCGGCCGCCGUGGAAUGCGGCUUUUAUCCAGAUGAACUGUGCUCAGCUUUAUUUGAAGGGAAGAAAGCAGCCCCCCAGAUUGCCAAAUUCUGUAAAAGUCCACCCACAUCCCACCUCCUUGGGUAUGUACACAAAGCGGGGAACUGCUCCCAGGUUUCCCGGGGGCUGCACUUCAUCACCACACCUCUCUCUGCAGAGGAGGGGAACUUCUCGCUGGCCUACAUCAUCGCCUUUCACGAGGAGCCGGCCAUGUUUGUGCAGCUCCUCAGGGCUAUCUACGCACCACAAAAUGUUUACUGUAUUCAUGUGCACGAAAAGGCCCCAAGGAAGUACACGAGGAUGGUGCAGACCCUAGCCAACUGCUUCGAAAACAUCUUUAUUCCAUCACAGACACAAAAGGCGGCUUACAGCAACCUGGCGAGACUGCAGGCGGAUAUUAACUGUAUGAAAGAUCUGGUCCAAUCCAAACUGCGAUGGAGAUAUGUCAUCAAUCUUUGUGACCAGGAUUUCCCCAUCAAAACCAACAGAGAAAUCAUCCACUACCUCAGAAGCAAGUGGAAAGAUAAAAACAUCACUCCCAGAGUGGCCCAAACAGCGCGCCCCCCACCCCCGCCGGGCCCAGGGCUUCCAGAGUCCCGCACGGAAGGGAGUAUCCAUGUAUCUCCAAAUGAAGGAUUCGAGCGCAAGCCACCACACAACGUAACCAUUUACUUUGGAAGUGCCUACUACUUGCUUACGAGGAAGUUUGUGGAGUUCAUACUGACCGACAGCCAUGCAAAAGACAUGCUGCAGUGGGCCAGAGACAGCCACAGCCCAGAGCAGCAUUACUGGGUGACCCUGAGCCGACUCAAAGAUGCUCCCGGGGCUACACGAGAUGCUGGCUGGGAAGGAAACGUUCGAGCCGUCAAGUGGAGAACAGAGGAAGGAAUAGUUCAUGAUGGAUGUAAAGGCCACUAUGUCCAAGACACCUGUGUCUACGGGCCAGGAGACCUGCCCUGGAUCAUCCAAUCGCCUUCUCUGUUUGCCAACAAAUUCGAGCCGGCCUCUGAGCCCCUCGUGGUCACGUGCCUGGAGAGGAGGCACCGGCUUCGGGUCCUGGCACAGGCAGAGGUCCCCAUUGAACCACACUGGCGUUUCCAACCGGAAAGUCAUUUCAACAUGAAGCUGCACUGCUAAAGGCAUCUGUUUUCUUGUGGAUGUGAUUCUUUCCUGAUCGAA